ACAUCACCUUCCUCUUUUUAUUUGCAGAUCAAGAAACCAGAGCAACUUAUAAAUAAAAAGUAUUAGCACUAACUAAAGUCUCCUAAUUGCUUAACAUCCAUCUCUAUCUUUCAUUAUCUUUCCCCUUAUUCUACUCACUCUUCACCUUAUUUAUCUCUCUUUUUUCUUCUUCUUCUCAUAGCCCCAAUUGAUCCACCAACCAAACCAGCUGAUCUACUUCUUCUGAACUGUUUAUUUUUUAUUAUAUUUCAACUGAACCAGUAAGAAUUUCUGGGGUUUCUUGUUUGUUGGGUUCAUUCUUCUGUUGUUUUAAACACAGGGGUUUGUUGUAGAUUCGUUUCUGCUUUGUGGGUCACUGAGUUUUCUGGUUCUUGGUUAUAAAGUCUUGAACUUUUUUGCUUUUCUACUGGUUUUGCUUCAAAUGCUAGGUGAAUUGUUGUUAAGUGUUUCGAUUUUGGUAGUUAAAUAGAUGUGCUACUAGUUCAUUCUUGAAGUUAUUAUAGGGGGAGAGUAUUUGGGGUCUGGAAAAUGGGAUCUGCUAAUGGGUUUUACUCUGGAGAAGAAGAGUUCAAUUUGGAGACGAAAUGGUUAAUUGAUCCAAAGCUUCUGUUUGUUGGUCCUAAGAUUGGAGAGGGUGCUCAUGCCAAGGUGUAUGAGGGAAAAUACCGAAACCAGAAUGUAGCGAUAAAGAUUGUGCAUAAAGGGGAAACGCCCGAAGAGAUUGCCAAGAGGGAAUCUCGUUUUGGAAGGGAGGUUGCUAUGUUAUCCAGAGUUCAGCACAAGAACUUAGUGAAGUUCAUAGGAGCUUGCAAGGAGCCUGUCAUGGUCAUUGUAACUGAACUUCUUCUCGGUGGGACGCUGAGGAAAUACUUGCUGAACAUGAGGCCAAGGUGCUUGGAUACUGGUGUUGCUAUUAGAUUUGCCCUUGAUAUAGCUCGUGCAAUGGAGUGCUUGCACUCUCAUGGUAUCAUUCACCGUGACCUAAAACCUGAGAACUUGCUUUUGACUGCGGACCACAAAACUGUCAAACUUGCGGAUUUUGGUUUGGCAAGAGAAGAAUCAUUGACAGAGAUGAUGACUGCUGAAACUGGAACCUAUCGCUGGAUGGCUCCAGAGCUCUACAGCACAGUCACUUUAAGACAUGGCGAGAAGAAGCAUUAUAAUCACAAAGUAGAUGCCUAUAGUUUUGCAAUUGUUCUGUGGGAACUCGUACAUAACAAAUUACCAUUUGAGGGCAUGUCUAAUUUGCAGGCUGCUUAUGCAGCUGCGUUUAAGAAUGUGAGACCAAGCGCAGAUGAUCUCCCCGAGGAUUUGGCAGUAAUUGUAACUUCGUGUUGGAAAGAGGAUCCAAACACUCGUCCCAACUUCACUCAGAUAAUACAGAUGCUUCUACAUUUUCUCUCUUCAGUUUCCCCUCCGGAACCAGUAAUACCAGCUAGGAUUUUCACUUCAGAGAAUCAUGUGUUACCACCAGAGUCUCCAGGUACCAGCUCCUUAAUGUCCAAGCGUGAUGACUCGGGUGAGACCCCUAAAACACCAAUGGAGAAUCAGCCAAGAGGGUUCUUCUUCUGUUUUAACCAAUGCUACUGAUCCCCAAGGGAAAAGUUUGUCAUAAUCACGUAGAAGAUACUCGGAGUUCAGCUAUCUUUUAGUAAGCUCACAAAAUGUUUAGCCCAGAUAUGUCACUAGAUAACUUAGCUUUUGGUCUUUCUUCCACACAAGUAUAGUAAAACCAGCCACGGUAAUUCAAAGGUGAAGGAAGUUGUUGCAGGAAGAUGCACGAUCUAGACUCAUUUUAACUCGCGGGAACGUGUUCUGACUUAAUUGUGAAGAGUUUCUGGAUGCUGGAGUUGGGUUGCUGUGAUGUAUAUUAUAGUUGUAAAAAUAAGGUCCAUCCAAAGACCUGUACUCCAAUCUUUUGUUAAACCUCAAUUGACUCUUGUCAUUUUGGCGCAUUAUAUGAACUGAUUAAUGUAGCUAUUCUGCAGUUAGUUAAGAACUUGCUAACAUUAUCAAA